UUUCCGCAGAACUGCUGCCGAGCCAUUCGGUCCCUAGUCUGUAGCUGUGCAUUGGGUUCUUCCGUCCUAAGUGCAGGACUCUGCACUUGUCCUUGUUGAACCUCAUCAGAUUUCUUUUGGCCCAGUCCUCCAAUUUAUCUAGGUCCCUCUGUAUCCUAUCCCUGCCCUCCAGCGUAUCUACCACUCCUCCCAGUUUAGUAUCAUCCGCAAAUUUGCUGAGAGUGCAAUCCACACCAUCCUCCAGAUCAUUUAUGAAGAUGUAGAAGGAGUUGGUGCUUUUCAUUAGAGCUUUGCAGGAACCAGAAAUUCCCUUUGGGGGAAAUUCCAUUUUUAUUUUUUGUUUUGAAUCCAAAAGAAAAAAAGAAGAAGAAAAGAGAAACUUCCUGCAAAACCAAACAAAGGUUAAUAAUUUGGGAUCAAUUUAAAUAUUUCUUUUCGAUACAUUGUAAUGUUAUAUUCUGAUUUUGACUAUUUCAUUUUAUAAUUGAUAAUGCAAUAUACAACAAGCAUUUUUAUUAAACAAAGUUGCUUCAAACUGAAAAACAAAAAGGGAACAAUUUAACUUCAUUGAAAUGCUUCACAAAAAAAGAAAAUCAAAGUUGGCACAUUCCCAUGCAAAGUUUUGAUUUAAUCAAAAUAACAUUUUCCAACAGAAAAAUUGUUCCAUUAGAAUUUUUUUUUUUUGACCAGCUCUAAUUUGUAUAUGUGAGUGAGUAAAGGACAAGGGAAAUCGCAGGGCAAUGGGGUAUCUACGCUAUGGAUUUCUGGGUUAACAAAGGGAGGAGUUAGUCUCAGUUUGGACUCAUCACACUUAGUUCAAAGCUACUCUGCAAUCUGCAAAAACCAAAGAAUACGAGACUGUGCCCAGAAAGGAAAUGCCCAAUGACUAAGCCAAGUUCAGUCAGCCCAUUUCUAAGAACACGGGAAGUGAAACUCAACUCCCCUCAUGUCUCUUUCCUGCACUAGAAGUCAUGGCUGCUGCAAAUCCAGCAAAAACUCUCCAGGAUGAACUGACCUGUCCCAUCUGUCUGGAGUAUUUUCAAGAUCCAGUAUCUCUAGACUGUGAUCACAAUUUCUGCAGAGCCUGCAUCACCCAGUGCUGGGAGAGCUUGGAUACAGAUGUCUCCUGCCCUCAGUGCAGAGAGGCCUUUCCCCAGAGGAACCUCAGACUUAACAAGAAGCUCAGGAAUGUUGCAGAAGCAGUCAGAGAAUUGAGGUUGCAGUCAGUGAAGGAACCAGGAGCAGAGACAUUGUGUGAGAAACACAAGGAGCCUCUGAAACUGUUCUGCAAAAAGGAUAAAAUCCUCAUCUGUGUCGUGUGUGACAAAUCCAAGGAGCACAGAGAUCACUCUGUGAUUCCUGCAGAGGAGGUUGCUGCUGAAGAAUUCAAGGUAAUAAAGGAUGCAGGAGGGGAGAGGGUGUGUGGGGAACACCAGGAGCCUCUCAAGCUGUUCUGCGAAGAGGAUCAAACUCCCAUUUGCCUAGCGUGUGACAGAUCCCGGGCUCACCGAGAUCACACAGUCGUUCCCAUAGAGGAGGCUGCAGAGGAGUACAAGGAAAAGAUCCAGGCCCAUUUGCAGACUCUGAGGGAGGAGAGAGAAAAGUUUCUGGGAUUUAAAGUGACUGGAGAGAAGAGGAGCCAGGAGUAUCUGAAACAGACCCAGGCCGAGAGGCAGAAGAUUGCAUGUCAAUUUCAGCAACUGCGGCAGUUCCUGGAGGAACAAGAGCGACUCCUGCUGGCCCAGCUGGACCAGUUGGACAAGGAGAUUGUGAACAUACAGAAUGAAUAUUUCACUAAACUUUCUAAGAAGAUUUCCCAUCUCAGUGAGCUGAUCAGUGAGUUGGAGGAGAAGGGUCAGGAGUCAGCGAGUGAAUUCCUGCAGGACAUUGGAAGCACCUUGAGCAGGUGUGAGAAGGGGAAGCUCCAGAAGUCAGUGGAGAUUUCUCCUGAACUGGAAAAGGGGCUCAGCAAUUUCUCCCAGAAAUAUAUUGCUCUUAGGGAGACUCUGAGGAUGUUCAAAGCCACUCUGCCAUCUGAACUGGAGACAAAAAGAGAGAAAUCCCUAGGGUCACGCAGAUUGGCAAAUGUGACUCUGGAUCCAGACACAGCUCAUCCCCGACUGAUCGUGUCUGAGGAUCAGAAAAGUGUGAGCUAUAGUUACACCCGGCAGGAUCUGCCCAACAAUCCUGAGAGAUUUGAUACUAGAGUCUGUGUGCUGGGCUGCGAGGGAUUCACCUCGGGGAGACAUUACUGGGAGGUGGAGGUGAAGGAUGAGGGAACCUGGGCUGUGGGGGUGGCCAGAGAGUCUGUGUGGAGGAAGGGAGGGAGAACCCGUAACCCUGAGGACAGGAUCUGGGCUGUGGAUUGGUAUAUGAAUACGUUCUGCGCUGUCUCCUCCUCUGAGACGCCUCUGUCCCUGAGUCGUGAUCUCAGGUUUAUCCGGGUUUCUGUGGACUAUGAACAGGGGCAAGUGAUAUUUGCCAAUGCUGAUAAUGAUGACCCAAUCUUCACUUUCUCAACAAUCUCUUUCGAUGGGGAGAGAAUCUAUCCCUGGUUCCGGGUGGGGCAGAGAUCCCAGUUCAGCCUGUGUCACUGAGACAUGGUGGGAGCAUAUUGUACUGGGGAUCCUGAAAUCAGCCUCUCCAGCAUCAGACACACCAGUCUCUAGUACUCUUGUAUUCCUGCAGACUUUCUAUCAUGUCGUCUCCAUGACCCCAGUAGUUCCAUGGGGUCUGGACUGUCAAACCAUAGAGAGCAGGGAGUGAUUGAGAUGGAGAAGCCAAUCUCAUUGCCCCAGGAUUGUGCAGCCUUUUUGUCACUGUCCUCUAUGGUCAAGAGGACUGUGGGGAUCCUGGGUCAGACAUGGGGGAAAUAGCCCACUAGGAAUGAAAAAUUGGCUCCUCUAGAUGCCGUCAUCCUAAUCUCUGCGACCCUGGAAGGCUUGCAUCUAUCUAGUCGUCUGCCUCAUGUCAUCUCCCAUCUCGUAGCUCCUUAUCUCUGCCCCCUGGAAGGGAAUCUGCUCCCUCCCCACUUCGGCACCAGGGAUGGGAAGGAGGAGGGGUUGAAGAGGAGCAGACUGGACUGAGGGGCAGAUGUGGGGACUGCAGGGUCACAGAAUUAAUUAAUUGGGAUUUGGGGGUUGGAGAGAAGCUGGAAGCCCCGCACCAGCAUGAAAUGUUUUAUACAAAUCUGUGUCAUUAGAUCUAUGGUUCCCCCAGCAACAGCUCCUGCAACAGGGGCUAAAGUCACUUUCCUCUAUAGGAAAUAUAGGAUGAGUUGGGAACACUGUAAUUGUCACUGUGAUGCUGGCAAACCAAAUGCCAGCUCUUACCAAAACUUCAGGCAUUAGCUAAGAACUGGCAAACUCAUAGCUGGAGAUCAGACCAGUUCACCUGUAUGUUAGUUUUACUUAAAAUAGGUAUUAGUCUUGCAACAAUGUGUUGAGUGUUUAGACUCCACGAAAUACUUGUAAAUUGCUGCAUGCAUUGAUUUCACGUGUAAUGCUGGAAUUCCAUGCUAUAAGAAAAUAGCCCGGGUCUACUCUAGGAGUUGAGAUCGAAUUUAGCAGCGUUAAAUCGAUUUAACCGUGCACCCAUCCACACGACGAAGCCCUUUUUUUUGACUUAAAGGGCUCUUAAAAUCAAGUUCCUUACUCCACCUCUGACAAGGGGAUUAGCGCUGAAAUCGGCCUUGUCGGGUCAAAUUUGAGGUACUGUGGAUGCAAUUAGAUGGUAUUGGCCUCCGGGAGCUAUCCCACAGUGCUCCAUUGUGACCGCUCUGGACAGCACUCUCAACUCAGAUGCACUGGCCAGGUAGACAGGAAAAGGCCCGCGAACUUUUGCAUUUCAAUUUCCUGUUUGGCCAGCGUGGCGAGCUACAGGUGAGUGCAGAGCUCAUCAGCAGAGGUGACCAUGAUGGAGUCCCAGAAUCGCAAAAGAGCUCCAGCAUGGACCGAACGGGAGGUACGGGAUGUGAUCGCUGUAUGGGGAGAGGAAUCCAUGCUAUCAGAACUCCGUUCCAGUUUUCGAAAUGCCAAAACCUUUGUCAAAAUCUCCCAGGGCAUGAAGGACAGAGGCCUUAACAGGGACCUGAAGCAGUGCCGCAUAAAACUUAAGGAGCUGAGGCAAGCCUACCAGAAAACCAGAGAGGCAAAUGGCCGCUCCAGGUCAGAGCCCCAAACAUGCCGCUUCUAUGAUGAGCUGCAUGCCAUUUUAGGGGGUUCAGCCACCACUACCCCAGCCAUGUUGUUUGACUCCUUCAAUGGAGAUAGAAGCGACACAGAAGCAGAUUCUGGGGACGAGGAAGAUGAUGGAGGGGAGGGAUAGGAUACAGAAGGACCUAGACAAAUUGGAGGAUUGGGCCAAAAGAAAUCUGAUGAGGUUCAAUAAGGAUA